AUGAAGCUCCUAACUAAGGAAGAAGAAGAUGCCCACUACAGUGAGGUCCUCAAAGGUGGCUCCGUCGGAGGUGUCUCCGGUCUCGUCAUCGGUGUCGCAGGUGUCCUGCUUGCCUCUCGUCGGUACCACACGAUCCGCAACCUGACAGUCCCUAUGAAAUCCUUCCUGGUGACAUCGUCCGGUACUUUCGCCGGUAUCAUCUCCGCCGAUCACGCGUCGCGCAAAUUCGAGAGCGAGCGCAACACUAUCACAAAGUGGUACGAUACUCGCGAGGAGCGCCUUCGUGCCGAGGAGAGCGCCGGCCAGACCAUCUCCGACCGCAUUACAGCCUUUGCCCGUCGCGAAAAGUACAAGAUUAUCAGCGCUACCUGGAUUGCCUCCAUGCUUGGCUCGUUCGCUCUCGUCAGUCGCAACCCAUACCUCAGUGGCCAGCAGAAGCUUGUUCAGGCCCGUGUCUACGCCCAGGGUCUGACCCUUGGUGUGCUCUGUGCUUCUGCUGCAUUCGAGAUCUCUGACCAGCGCCGUGGUCGCGGCUUGCUUGAUUCCAAGCGAGCCGCCGCUAAGGCUGACGAUUCUGCUGAGCCUGCGCCUGUUCAUAAGGACCAGGAGUCUGACAGCGAUCUGUGGAAGGAUAUGGUUGCCGCUGAAGAGCAGCGCUUGAGCAACAAGCAUCAGUCUCUCUACGAACACCACGAGCGUCAGCAGCAGGCUGCUGAGGCUAAGAAGAGCGAUGCGCCUGCCUCCGACGACAAGAACGAGGACUCCAAGUCAGAGAGUGAUGAUAAGGACGCAAAAUCUGAGAAGAAGGAAGCCAAGUCCGACAGCAAAAAGCACUCUUAA